CGUGGGCGGGCUCCCACCGCGCCUCGUGUUUCCCGGCGUGGCCCUCCCUGUGAGAAGGCCCGGCCGAAGCCCUUCACGCGCCCGCGCCGGCGCCCGAGCCCGCACCCCUGCCUGGGAGGGCGUGCGCGGUGGGCGUGGCCUAUACGGGAGGGGUUUGACACCGCCCUCCCGGUUUCGCGCCUGCGCGGACUCGCGGAACCCGGGCGUAUUUCUGACCCACGCGCUCCCUGGGCUCCAGACCCAGGCUCCGCAAAACGUGGGCCGGGACGCUUUGCAUGAACUCGGGUGCUUGGUGUCCGGGUCCUGUCUUCUCCUGCCGUCCACACUUUACCGUUCCUGAGUCUCGUUCACUGAGCGCCUACCACGUGCCAGGCCCGGGGCUGGGUGUUGGGGGACGGGGACGGGGGCAACGAACAGCGCAGAAAAUUACCCGACAUUGAGCGUAUUAGUGCUGCUUGGGUUGACUCCAUUAAUUGAUGAGAAGACGGUAAGAUAAGAUGGUAAUCCGGGGACCCGCACAAGAUCCAGGGUGGAAGGGCAAGUCAGGUGUGGGUGAACCUUGAAGGAUGACCAGGGGUAGGCAGGGUGGGAGCUGGCAAAAAAGCCAGUGUUGGAGCUCAGUGUCUCAGGGGAACUGAAAGAAGCCCUGCAGGACUGGAGCAGGAAGGCAGCCGCUUGGCAUUACUGUCUCUUACCUUUCACGUCUGCUUGCAAGUUAGCUAGUUCUUAACCUCGUUUAUUUCAAAGUUCCUUUCUAAGGGCAGCAGUGAGCAACCAAUAUACCGAAUGUCUGCUUUUUUUUUUUCUUCUAGAGCUGCACAGGCCUGGUAAGUGCAGGAUCCGUCUUCCCAGUUAAUGCGGGCAGCAUUUUUUUAGAUGCGUAGGGAGAGUGACUAGCUUUUACCCUGCACCGUCUGUUUCCCCACCACCCACUGCCUGACCGUGAAGCCAGUGCCACUUAGGUUUCUGUUACAGUCACAUCCCCCCUCCAGAUACCAAUUGUUAUCUUAGUAGGAUGCAGGUUACCCCAGUAAUAUAGUAAUAGUAUGGUACAGUAAUGUAUGCUAAUAGUAUAAUACAGUAAUAUAGUAGGUUGGGGUGCUUUUGUAACCAAGAGCCUUCAAACCACGCUGGCCCUAAUAAGAUGGAAUUUUGAUUCUCCUGCAUAGAACAGCAUGAAGAAACGGGCAUGCAGGAGAUUAGAAACCAGUGGGCAUGAGCAUGGCUGCCACCAGCUGCACACCUGUGCCCUGGCGUCCUGGGGCCCAGAGGACCAGGAGCCUCCAUCAAGAGCCCCAGCACUGAGGCUAGAGAGCGGCCAGGGGAGGCCAAGUACAGGGAUUUCUCAGAAUGGUGGAAGGAGCUCGGCCCAGCCUUGCGUAAGAUGUAUUGCAGGGGAAUCUGGACAUUUUAACCAUACCAAGAAUCAUUAGGAAAUGCAAGCUGGAAAAAAGAAGAUUCCAGCUUUGGUUCCGAGCCCUUCACGUUGCAGCAAAUGGGAAUCUCCUACAGAUGGGUUUGCACACCUGCCUGUUCAGAUGGCAGCUGGUGCCCUCUGCAGGUAGGGAGGUUUGUGUGUCUUCUCGUUCUGGUGAACCCACCGUCCUCUGCAGGAGAACCAGGAAUCCACGUCACUGCAGAAGAGCACCCAACUCAUGACUACGGACUGCAGCCUCCUCGAAUGUCUUGCUUGAGAGGGGCAUCAGUUGCAUUAUUUACAAGUCAAAAAGUCUUGUAUCAAACUUCCUGUGAGCCUGGGCACUCAUGGCCUGUGGAGGCCCACCCAGACGCAGCCCUGCCAUUGUGAUUUUUCAUUGUUUUGCCAGUGUACCCAGCACUGCUUACCUACUCUUUCAUUGAAAGACUUGUUUGUAUAUGGAACAUGUUCUAAUCUGGAAGUGAAUUUUACUGAAUGCUAAUGUCCAGUCUAUUCCCCAACUGAAGUUACCAGUGACAGGAUCCCUUUUAUAUUAAAGUGGAAAUUACUCAUU